AUGAGUAAUACAGAAGAAACACGUCAGUCAGCGUUUCAGUAUGGACGAAAGCUGCCAUCGAUCAUCAGUGCCGCCCGAUUAUUGAGACUUCGGUCGGGAUCGUUCGAUGAAGAGGCAAAAGACGAGAAGAAACCAAAUCGCAUAAGUCCAUUCUCACCUGAAGCUCGUGUUCCAUUACCAAGUGAGAUCGACGAAAACAGUUAUGGAACUACUGUAUGGAAGCGAAAUGAGAGAGAACGUCUACGUGUUCGUUGUGUAAAUGACGGAUAUGAAAGGCUGCGUGAUCAUUUACCGCUUACUGAAAGCGACCGCCGUAUUAGUAAAGUGGAUACCUUACGCUUAGCGAUCCGGUAUAUACGUCAUCUGGAAGCUCUGUUGCAGAACUACGAUCACUGGAUCAAAUGUGAUUGUUUCCAGACUUUUCAAACCGAAUCCGAGGAACGUGCCGAACGUCUUCGCAGAAUUGAUCGCAGGAAGCGUGCCGUAAACACUUCCGAGUUCACUUUGCCACCCAAUGGGACAAUAACGCCAUCCGAUGAGACAACAACGCCUUGGCACACAGAAUUUGCAAAACGUAGAUUGUCUUGUUGGUUGCUGAAUAUGUCAAAAGGAGGAGGGCAGAAAUUAUCAAAAGAGGAUGAGUUGCUGCUAAAGGACUUCUCAGCAGCAGUAUCAACAAAGGGCAGUGCAUUAUUUUAUGGAAAUUCAACAGUGAUUGCUAUAGCACCUCUAUAUCUUUUUUAUGGAAUACAUCAGAUGGAAAUAGCCGAUUCAUGGAUUGUUUGGUUGAUUUCAUCGCUAACUGCAUCUUACCUUAUUAGUUUUGCCUACAAGAAUAUCAAACACAUCCUUAAGCAUAAAAUUGUUGUAAAACGAAGUGAGGCAAUAACUCGUGAAAUGAAUCGAAAAUUAGCAGAUGAUAAAAAAAUGUCAAAGAAAGAGAAAGACGAAAGAAUUUUGUGGAAAAAAAAUGAAGUUGGAGAUUACGAAGCGACCACUUUCUCGAUCUUCUGGAACAAUAUUCUUUUCCUUUCGCUUCUUCUUGUCUUAUCAUUCUUUUUAUUUGCCUCCAUAUCAUCUACUUUCAAUUGUCUGUUUUCUAUGGUUGGUGCAGCUGGUUUGGUUGCUCUUUUCUCAACUGCUAAAUAA